GCGUCAGUCGGCCACGGCUUGCCGCCCGCGAGCGAGCUAGCCCGUACUGCGUCGCGACACAACUCUCCGAAACAUCGCUACUUGCGACGCCCAACGGUUCUUUUUACAACUUUCGCGCAACAGUGAUUCGGCCACGUUGCCCGCUAAGUACACCUGUGUUCCACCAUGUGUGUCGACGACGACGCCGCUGGCUGACCGCCUGCACGCGCACAUCACAGUACCACGUGCACUUUGGUGGUGAGUGUGUGGGUGUCGCGCGCGGGCUACGGGGCGGGGGCCCGCCCGCGUCAUGAGGAGCGCGCGCGCCGCCCGCCCCGCCCGCCAUGCAGCGCCUGCGCACCACCUUCAAACGCUCCAAAACACCUACACCCGCCGACAUGAAGACCCAGAGCAGCCUCGAAGUACCCAAGCAGGUCCGGUCGGCGUCGUUCGAUGAAAUUCAGUUGGAAGCGGCGCGCGGCGCGGCUACCAGCAGCCUGCUGGCCGUGCCGCAGCCGGGCGCGCGCAGCCGCUCCUUCGACUCCGCCGGCUCCGACGACUCCGGCACUUACCUCGAGGUUCCGCGAUUAUGGUCACGACGUCGAUCUGGAAAAGGCACUCCGCCACCAUGUGUACACUGCCGGCAUAUGGAGACAUGGCUGGCGCGACGCAGCGAAGAGAGGGUUACUCCUGAGCGGCCUCUCGCGUCGUCGUCGGCGGAGGACGAUGACGAGGACGACGAGAGCGAUGCGGAGUCUCCCAGGGUGCUGCUGGCCCUGCCGCCCCCACCCCGGAUAUACAAGCCAGCACCGUCUCAGUCACCACCACUAUCUCCCGGCGCUCCUUCCUUCGAGCUACAACCACCUGCUGACGAACCUCCGGUGCUACCUCAAAGACGGAGAUCAAUAUCCAGACAAGAGGCAUUCUUCGUAGAACCCACAGGAAGUUCUCUAGAAAAUGUACGAGCGUCAGAAGAAGGAGCGGCGAAUACAGCAAAAGAUACCCUCGUCUGCGACAUUUACUUGGCGGUGCCGGAACUGAAACGCGAUCGCGCUGCGUCCGUAGAUUCCUGCUUCUCGAAAGUUUCCGGUGGUGCUAGAGCCGAAGAAAUAAAUGGCACUGGGAAUAAUUUGGCAGUGCCGGGGACGGGCUUGCGUUCACGGUCUGUGGACAUCGUAUUGCCGACUGCAGAACAGUCACGGUACAAAGCGCUUGCACUGACGUCCGCGCAAGUUGCGCCGCCGCCGACACCAACUGAAGUGCCCCCAGAAGCAACCCCGGUAGCGCCGCAGAUUACACAGCUUGACACCAGACGUCCCGGAGAUGGCGGCGCUAGAGUGUUGCGCUCGACCCCAGACUGGGGCGACGCGGCCAUCAGCGGGGAGCAUCUCUGGUCUCCCACCUCGGUGUCCGGAGAUUGCUGCUACGUCGGCGACGCGGAAUGCCAGAAACACGGGUCGCGUAUGAAGUGUUCGGCGUGCAAGAUCGUUGCGCACACCGCGUGCAUCGAUCUCCUGAUGGACCGCGUGCAGUUCACGUGCAAGCCAACCUUCCGCGACGUCGGCGUGCGCCAGUACCGCGAGCAAACCGUCACACACCAUCACUGGGUGCAUCGACGCUCCGAGAAGGGCAAAUGCAAGGCUUGUGGGAAGUCGCUCCGGCGCAGUUGCUGUGGCUGGUGCAUCUCUGCACAGACUUGUCAGAAUCCUUUGGCAGUAGACAGUGACCCUUCGCUGCAAGCGAAAUUAUCGUUUAGCUCGAAGGACAUCGUAGCGCUGAGUUGUUCCUGGUGUAAAGACGCCUACCACAAUAAAGAAAGUUGCUUUAAUCUGCAGAGGAUAGGAGAGGAAUGCGCGUUAGGGUCCCAAUCUAAUAUUAUCGUGCCACCGUCCUGGAUAGUGAAGUUGCCACGAAGAGGAAGUUUCAAAUCGUCACUAAGAAAAUCGCCCAAAAAGAAAAGUGCCUCUAAAAAGAAAGGAAAAGAGUCCAAAAAUGAACAGAAAACGUUUGUUAUAAAGCCAAUACCUACAGCUAAUGUGAGGCCAGUUUUGGUAUUCAUCAACCCAAAGAGUGGAGGCAACCAGGGUGCGAAACUACUGCAAAAAUUCCAAUGGUUAUUAAAUCCUCGGCAGGUCUUCGAUCUCACACAAGGUGGACCAGGCCCAGGACUGGAGUUAUUUCGCAAAGUUCCCAAUCUCCGGGUGUUAGCUUGCGGCGGAGACGGCACAGUGGGCUGGGUGCUGAGCGUGCUGGACCGCAUCGGGUCGCGGCCUGCCGUCGGCGUGCUGCCGCUCGGCACCGGCAACGACCUGGCGCGGGCGCUGGGCUGGGGCGGGGGUUACGAAGACGAGCCUAUAUCGAAGAUCCUGGCAAACAUUGGCGAGAGCGACACGGUGCUGCUCGACCGGUGGCAGCUGACGGUGGAGCCAAACACAGCGGCCGCGGGGGAGGAUACCAGUCACGCCAAGCCUGAGCUCCCACUCAACGUUGUCAACAACUACUUCUCCUUCGGCGUCGACGCGCACAUCGCUCUCGAGUUUCAUGAAGCUAGAGAGGCACACCCGGAGAAGUUCAACUCUCGCAUCCGCAACAAGCUGUUCUACGGCACGGCUGGCGGGAAGGAUCUCAUGCAGCGGAAGUGGAAGGGGCUGGCUGAGUUCGUAACCAUGGAGUGCGAUGGCAAGGACCUCACGCCUGUGCUGCGCGAGCACAAAGUGCACGCUAUUGUCUUCUUAAACAUUCCAAGCUACGGGGGUGGAACACACCCUUGGAACAAAUCAGGAGGUGCCUUUGAACCUUCUACUGAAGAUGGAUUAAUAGAAGUAGUAGGACUGACAACAUAUCAACUGCCAUUGCUACAAGCGGGCGGGCACGGCACUUGCAUCACGCAGUGCAAGACUGCCAAGAUCGUGACUACGAAGGUGAUCCCCAUGCAGGUGGACGGCGAGGCGUGUCGCCUGGCGCCCUCCAUCAUCACGCUGUCGCGCCUCAAUCAGGCCACCAUGCUCGCCAAGAGGAAGCCGGGCAGGACUAUCGCUCCACAAACGACCGUGGAUAAGCUGACACUCACCGUGAAUCUCAUAACGAUGGCUGAUUACGAGAGGCAUCAUUACGAUAAAGAGCUGCUCGCGAAAACAGCGGAGCGUGUGGGGACCCUGGAGGUGAAUCCGACAGCAGACUUGGAGCAAAUGCGCAACCUCAUUCAGAACAUGAUCAAAGAAUCUCAAGCAUACUCGAAUCUCGUCGAUUGGUGGUUCGUCGACUCUGUAACAGCAGAGCGGUUCUUCCGAAUCGACAAGGCACAGGAGAAUCUCCACUACCCCACGGAUAUCGGCCACGAGAACAUCUACAUCCUGGACGCAGCGCCGCUGACACCAGACACCGAGUCUACAGCCCACCCCGACACUACCGCCACCGCCUCCUUAGACCGCACCGGGCCGUCGGUCUCUCUCGACACCACCACGGGGCUCUCAGUGUCGCUAGACAUCUCACAAAGUGUCGACACGCCCAGCGCCGGAGUGUCGUUGGAUGUACCUGAGUCACAUGCCAGUGAGUCGGGCCUGGGUAGUCCAGCGAGGACAUCAGAAGAGCUGCUAACUCCUCAAACGCCUCCUCCGGGCUCUUUGCCCUCAAUACCCAAAGCACCAUCUCCCACACACACCCACAGCACACCCAAAGGAGCAGUACCUCAGCCUUCCUCUCCAAAGAUUAUGGCGAUUCAAGACUCGAAUUCUCCCCCACUCUGCACCAGCCCGCCAGCGAAAGAACAUCAACCAUCAAAUGACUCGAUAGCGCGAUUCAAGACCAUACAUGAAAAACUGUUUGGACUUGAUCAAGAUGUAUUUGGCUAUAGAAAUUUGUUGGAGAAAACAUCUGAUGCUCUACUGAAAGCCGCGAAGGUCGGCGAUUUGAAAAUGAUGAAAGAGUUACACGCAGCGGGCUACUCGCUCCUGUCGAUAGACGCGACGGGUCAGACGGCGCUGCACAUUGCGGCGCGAUACGGUAACAAAGAGAUCGUCAAGUAUCUGAUCGCGUGCGCGCCCACCGCCAUCCUGAACAUGCGCGACAACGAGCGCGGCCAGACCGCACUGCAUAAGGCGGCCGCGCACAAGAGGCGCGCCAUCUGCUGUAUGCUAGUGGCUGGGGGCGCCUCGCUCACGCGGCAGGAUCAUGCUGGCCUCACGCCGCGCCACCUCGCCUUGAGGGCGGAGGACCAUGAUUUGGCUGCAUAUUUAGAAAGUCAGGAACAUUUCCAAUUAGUCUCUGAAGAUUUGGAAACUGCUGUCUGAAAGAAAAUUUCUCCCGGGGGUCAAUCUCCGAGGAACAAGCCGGACUAACGCGACUGCGCCAAUGGAGUACAAGUGAUAAUGUACUUACAUUAGAGUUUUGCAUUAUAAUGACAUUUCGAAUGUUAUACUCAAACACCAAAGUGAUAUUCAGAUCUUGUGACUAUUAUAGUUGUAAUUAAAUUUUUAAUCUUUAAAUUAUACUUUUUCCAUUGAGGGAGUUUCAUGAAAUGUAUUUGUAUUUUAACCCUAAAAUAAUAUUUAUUGUAAAAAACGAAGUUACUUAUAAGUAGGUUUGCAUGUCUGUAAGGUGUGUGCGCAAUCUGCACGUGAUUGCAUUUAAAAUUAUGAUCAAUUAGAUACUUUCUUCUUUAAAUCAACUGGAUUUCAAACAAACACGGCAUCAAAAGAAUGAUACAAGCUUAUUAUUGCCUUUGCCAAUACUUAUAUUACUUAUUACACAAUGCCUCUCACGGUGUUAUCUGUUGCAUGACUAGAAAAAGAAUAAAGGUAAAUAACCGAAUACUAGGCAUCUUUUCUUUUCUUUUCUUAUCUCGUGGCAAUCAUGUCGACCUGUGUUAAAAUUAAUUCACAAUUAAUUUUGACACAGGAUGAUAUGAUGACAAUGAUAAAUUAUAUAAUUGAUUCAAAAAUUCGCAGGUUGCAUGAUUCAUAAAUAUUUUCUAUUAAUUGAUUCCCUGUAGGUUAUUUAAUUUUUCAGUGUUUACGAAAGUCAUAUUUAGCUGAUUUUGUUAUAUAACCACGAACUGUAAAUUAUAUUGUUGAUUAUAGAUAGAUUAUAUAAAAUAUUACUAAAGAUGUUUCAAUAAAUUAAAUAAUAUAUAGGGUACUCUAUUUAUUUUAAUUGAGUCGAGUCAUAAUUACUUAGGAGAUUUGUAAUUUAAGACAUUAUUAGGUACAUAAAUUAAAAGAAACAUUUUAAAAUACACAUAUACGAUAUAUACGAAUAAUUAUAAAAAAAUUCUGCAGGUAGGUACCAUCUUAUAGUUCUCAAUAUACUUCCUUUUUUUAUAUCUAUGAACUCUAACUUCUAAUGCCUUCAACAUGACAACUUUUUACUAGGCCAGUUUGUAAAUAAGUAAAUGAAAUUUGCAAUAUUUUUACAAUAAUGCUAAAGAUAUUUACUAUAUCUACCAAGAAAGAAAAAUCACAUAUUGGACGAAGAGACUUCAAAGGAUGAACGAAUUUGAAAUAUCUUAUGAAAUAGAAGAACAUUAUAUAAAUUUGGUAAUUUUCUCUAUUCUUUUAUACUACUUUUAGUAUUUUGUACUAAAUGUAUUGUAGGUUUUGCGACUAAAUGUAUUUUCUAUACAUACUUGAGAUCUUGGUCUUAUAUGUACUAAGUAUGUAAUCUAUCCUCGGCAAUAAAAUCUAAGACUAUCGUGUAAAUUUUAAUAUUGCUGAUAUAAUCGGUAAAUCAGAUCUGAAUCUUGCGUAUAGAUUUUCCCACAAACAUGAACAUUUUUAUUUUUUUACUAGGACUCAUUUUAAUUAAAAAUUCACAUUUAACAUAAACAAAUGCCGCGUCUAAGAUUCAGUUACAUUUAAAAAUAUUCAUAGACAUAGACAGACUCUACUAAUGGGGAAUAUGGUAGAAAUAUUUUUAAUAAAAUCAAUGUCGUUUAAUAUUAAACCCAGUUGCAACUAUAAAGGGAUCUUGUAAAACAUAAACAACCUCUCAAAAUACCUAGCGGAGAUUAUUAUAACGUUGUUUGUUCUAAAACCAUUGACUUAACUCAAUACUUUAAUUAUGCUAUACUAUAUAACUAUACUAUCCUAAAAUGAGUUUAAGAUUUUGUUAUCCUGCCCUACUAUUUGUACCUAACAUUCAUAUUUUGUGUUACGCCUUUGUUUACCAUAACACCCGUCCACUAGCCAUGCCUACAAACUACGCGCGGAAAAUUUAAUUAAUAUUAAUUUCUGCAUGAACGGGUGUGUUGUUGCCAAAGCUCUCGUAGAACCAACCGUUGUUUUGUUAACUAUUUCAUACCAACUAUACUUUAAAACUUCAAAAUAAGUCAAACUUUCUCUUUUUUAAAUAAAAUUUUACUUUGUAAAAUUUUUGGCGAAAUUAGGUACAUAAUAUUAAAUAAUUAUUAUAUUGUUAGACUAAACCUACAUUAUAAAACACUUUGCAAUAUAUCCUAUCGCUUCCAUUUCUGGUCACCCUGAACAUAUUGUUAAUGUGUCUUAUCCGAGUAUAGAAUUGCUGAAAGUCUAGCAAGUUUACUUUUAAACAUCUAAAAACGUGCCUAAAUUUGUAAAAUCGUGGUUUAUUUGGAUGUCUUUACUUUCACUGUUGGUAGGUAAAUUGAUGAUAAUGUCAUUGUCAACCUAUGUACCUACACUACAAGACAUACUUAUUCUAAUGUACGUAUAUGUUGUCUUGUAUGAGCACUAUUUGAAAAACUUUAUGUAAAAUGGUUACUUGCCUAUUUUUUAUUUAUUUGAAUGUCUAAAAGAUAAAUAACACAUAAGAUGUAUUUUGGCAAUUUGUGAAUGUUUUUGGAAUUAUAUUCACAAAGUAUAACAUUUAUUAACCCAUUUAAAUUUCCCCCACGUUAUACUUGGUCUAUCACAGUUUUGUACAUAAACAUCUUACCUACUGAUUAACAUGCACUGCACUGAAUUUUCAAGAUUCAGAAUAGAAAAUCACUAUUCUAGCGCAGAGCAGUUUAAUCUCAAAUUAGACUUUUUUGACAUGUAUCUGUUGUUGUCUAAAUAAUUGUGAAUGGUUUGAAUGAUAUGUUGAUGUUAUACUUUUAAUACCGAUACCUCUACGUGUAGAUUACCGAAUAGUUUAGUCACGGUAACUAUCUAUUUACUGUGGUUUAGUGUUUAACGAAUUUACUCGUACUACUCGCUGACAAGCGAACAAUGAAAGACAAAGCUGUGAGAAUUUCGGUCAUAAUGUAAAAAGUAAGUUCAUUUUUAUGUAAAGAACGAUAUAUAGACCUACACUGUGAGUUCCCUUGUUUGUGAUCGUAGGUAGAACUUUUUAAGAUUAAUAUUCUGUAAGUAGUAAAUUGUUGUUUUCUGUCGAAGUUUAUAGAUUUCUACUAUUAGUUACUAUGGCGAUGUUAUCAAUUCUAGGUAAACAAGUAUUAUACACUGUAUUAUUAGUUGGAUCUACAAUGGACUACCUAAAGCAUGACUAGCUUUAGGUACUAUAUCUCAAGUACUGUGCCAGAAAGUUCGCAUGAUAGUUGAUAAAUAACAAUUGCCUACCUACCAAGGGGCCGGCAUCCAUUCGAAUGUAUUUCACUACCACUACACUGGGCCACUUUUCAGAUUUUCUAUUAAAAUGCGAAUUCUUUAAAAUAAGUAAAUAAAAUACCCAUAAAUAAUGCAAAAAAAAA